AUGCUACCCAAGUUUGAUAUCGAACCUCCUCUCCCUCCCAAUCUAAACAAGUGGUACAAUCAACUGAAAAAUACAGAUCCAGUCUUUGAAAAGGUACACGACGAAGUGAUGAGUGGAUUGAAUGCAUGGGAGGAGAAGAAUCGGUGGCAUCCCAUACUAGGUGCUGGUUGGAGAGAUGAAGAACCUGCUACAAUCUUUGACAAGCUUAUGUCGGGUGACAUUCCCGCUACUGUUGUCAAGCAAGACGACAAGAUUUUUGCUUUCAAAGAUAUUAACCCAGCUGCUCCCGCUCAUGUUUUGGUCAUCCCCAAAGAUCGCAGCGGCUUGACACGUUUGGGUAAGGCUACUGAGGAGCAUACGGAAAUACUCGGUAGACUAUUGGUGGCUGCCGCCGAAAUAUCUAAAGAUAAAGAGCUUGGCUUUGGAGACGGAGCCCGGAUAGUUAUCAACGACGGCCCGGACGGUGGGCAAGAGGUUCCACAUUUGCACGUUCAUGUUCUUGGAGGACGAUCGAUGCAGUGGCCACCAGGCUAA